CCAUUUUAAUUAAACAAACUUAACAGAAAAAAUUGCAAUCUUUCAAUACAUAAAACGUUACUUGGUCGUAGAUUAUACAUUUUUUUAGUCAACGUCUGUUUAAAAUUAAAAUCACAAAUUAAUAUUGCUUCAAACGUUUAAACUUUCGAAAAAAAAACUUCAGAUCUUACAAUGAGUGACUCUCCAGACCAGAACGAUCCUCCUAAAGAUCCAAUGGAGUUAGAAAAAUUGGAAGAAGCAAAACUCAAAGCUAAGUUUCCAAAUGCUAUGCUUGGCCGAGGUCCCGGAGGACAUUCAGCAUUUCUACAGAAAAGGCUAGCUAAAGGACAAAAGUUCUUUGAUUCUGGAGAUUACCAAAUGGCGAAACAACGGCCAGGUAAUCUGUCAGCACCAUUCAAAGCACCAGCCGCUCCCGCUAAACUGCCUACAGGUGAUGCGAUCCCGACUCCCGACACCGUCCCUCUGCGAAAGACUUCAAUCAUACAACCGAAGUUCCAGGCGCCGAGCCAGACUUCCUAGCCUUGCCACCGCCCAUAGGCGAUAAGCCAUAAUAGAGGCCUCGUAAAACAGCGCAGAACGAAAGUACCAUUAUCUUUUUAAGUUUGCAUUCCAGUACUAUUUUAUCAUCAUGCAAUAUAAGGCCAUGCUGUUUUACAAGGCCUUACUUUAGUUUUCAUUUGCUUGUGCAUUGCACCAUGCCGUAGCUUAUAUUUUGUGUAUGUUUUAUGAAUAUUUUGUGUUCAGGAGUAAAUUUUUAGUCUUAGUGUUCCUUCAUAAAUAAACAGCACUGAUUUGAAUGCCAUUCAUAAUAUCUUAUCCAUCGUUUUUAAAUAAUAACUAUACUUUUUUAAGAAAAAAAAAUGUUAUAUUUAUGUAAAACUAUUAGGUAUGAAUGAGAGUGAUUGUGCAUUGCUUGUCAUCACAUCUGCUCCUCCAGUUUUCAUAACCUUGUUUAUGAUUUGCAAAAGCAAAUUUAUUGUUUAAGCAAAUAGUUGGUAAUUUGCCUAUCUUACUUUCUAAUAUAAAAAUAUAAAUAUUAUGAUUGAAUUAUCAAUAAAGAAAUGUUAAUUCUUAUAGCAUUAAAACAUAUAGGCAUCAAUGUUGCCUAAAACAAAUGGUCAACCAUUUCAAUUAAUGCAACAUUGUAAACAUACUGAUAAACAGAAAAACAUGUGUAAUCUGUUCCUUAGCUAGUGAGAUAGACAAAUAAAAUUAUAUUAUUAACAGCUUUCAGCUAAGCCUUAUUAAGGUUUAUGUAAUUGUUAAAUUAAUAUAUAGCAUCCAUGUAUAAUAAACAACAUCAUAUCAUUUUUUCAUGAAGCAUUGUAUUCAAUUAAUAGUAUAUAAUAUAGUUUAGAAGAACAAGAACAAAAAUUCAGAUAAUAUUCUUAAAAGUGAAACUACUGUAAAUACUGUAUUUUGGAUAUAUAUAAUUAUUGUAGCUUUUUUUUUAAAGAAUUAUUAUCUUGAUCAUGUUACUGUCACUAGCAGUAGUUUAGGGGUUAUUAUACUAACAUUAAAAUAAUUGUUUUAACUUGGUUUAUGUAGAAACAAAAAAAAAUACAAGAUUAUGGAUUGUUAAUUUUAUUCACUAUAUAAAUUACAAACAACAACAAAAAUGAUGUCUAUGUACAUUAGCAUGUAUCUUUUAAAUUUCUUGCACAUUCAUUGAUAUACUGUACAAACUACAAACCAUGAGUUGUUUGACAUUAGUGUAUAAAACUGAAAGGGAAUGUUGAUAGAUAGUCAUAGUUGUGCAAAUAUAAUAAAACUUGGUUAUAAAACUAA